UUUUCACAUAAAUACCAUUUCCAUUUCCAUUUCAUGAAAUUUCCCCAGAAAACGAGCUGUAGCUGAUGAUGAUGAUGAUGAUCCCCACCUUUUGAACUUCAACCUUUCUUCUUCCUCGAUUCCCCCUGUUUCUAACCUACCUUACCAAUUUCCUGCCAUUGAUUGAUUCUCAUGCUCUUGCAAUCCGAUUGAGAAAGCGAGGGAUUCUAUCUCUCUCUCUCUCUCUCUCUCUCUCUCUCUCUCUCUCUCUUUCUCGCUCUCUUUCUCUCUCUCUCUCUCCCGGAGCGUGGAGAGAUCGGUAGCUUCUCGAUCGCCUCCCGUCGCAAUCUUCGAUCUGUAAUUGCGGAUCUGAAGAGUUCGCAAACACGAUGCCGUCUCACGCGGAUCUGGACCGUCAGAUCGAGCAUCUGAUGGAGUGUAAGCCGCUGUCGGAGGCUGAGGUUAAGACGCUUUGUGAUCACGCGAGGACGAUAUUGGUGGAGGAAUGGAACGUCCAGCCGGUGAAGUGCCCCGUGACCGUAUGUGGGGAUAUUCAUGGCCAGUUUUAUGAUCUCGUCGAACUGUUUCGGAUAGGAGGGAAUGCUCCUGACACUAAUUAUCUCUUCAUGGGUGAUUAUGUGGACCGUGGAUACUAUUCUGUGGAGACUGUUUCACUUCUAGUCGCUCUGAAAGUUCGUUAUAGAGAUAGAAUUACAAUCUUGAGGGGAAAUCAUGAGAGCAGGCAGAUAACUCAAGUUUAUGGAUUCUAUGAUGAGUGUUUGAGAAAAUAUGGAAAUGCAAAUGUCUGGAAGCACUUUACCGACCUCUUUGAUUAUUUACCUCUUACAGCUCUAAUUGAGAGUCAGGUUUUUUGUUUGCAUGGAGGACUUUCGCCAUCUUUGGAUACCUUGGAUAACAUCAGAUCAUUGGACCGAAUUCAAGAGGUUCCGCAUGAAGGACCAAUGUGUGAUCUCUUAUGGUCUGAUCCUGAUGACCGCUGUGGAUGGGGAAUAUCUCCGCGUGGUGCUGGAUAUACUUUUGGGCAGGAUAUUGCCACUCAAUUCAACCACACAAAUGGCCUAACGCUGAUAUCAAGAGCCCACCAGCUUGUAAUGGAGGGAUACAAUUGGUGUCAGGACAAGAAUGUGGUGACUGUUUUUAGUGCUCCAAAUUAUUGUUAUCGGUGUGGGAAUAUGGCUGCAAUCCUUGAGAUUGGGGAGAAUAUGGAUCAAAAUUUUCUUCAGUUUGACCCCGCACCUAGGCAAAUCGAACCAGAUACCACUCGCAAGACUCCCGAUUAUUUUUUGUAAACGCUCUCUGUCCUUCAGCUGCUUGUAAUUCCCCUUCUAUCUGCCGUGUUACUGUGAAUUUGACUCUAAAAGGAUCACUCUUUGUUCAAGUUUUCCCCAUUCUUUUGUUUCCGAGUUUGUGCUGAUGCUGCUCUGUGAAGGUUUGAUUGAUCAAGAAAAAUGACAGAAGGCAUCAGAGGGCCUAUAAUCUUGUAUAUUUUUUUAAGAAGGAACACGAGCAAGCGGCAAUAUGACCUUUCUUGUGCUCUGUAAUCUUACAUUUUCAAAGUAGAGAGAUGAUUUUUGGAACGCUUUGUAGUAUUAUUUAUGUUUGAGAUAUCCCAAUGGCUAAUGAAACUGCAGGAACUGAACUGGUUAUUUAUUUA